UCCUUUAAUUUGAGACUUACCAAUCGUAGUAAGAAUCUCUACUUACGUUGUAAUAUUCAAUAGUAUAUCAGUUAGUGAGUUGCUCAUCAAUUCUGGUAACAAUUCGUUGAAACAUUUUGUUGGUAUGACUGUGAGGCAAUGAACUCAUAAUUGAAUUACCAAAAUCGAACGAGUGGAGUGAGUGAACAGAAGACUUUAAUUGAAAUACAUAAAAAUACGGAAAGAUUUCUUUUUUUUAAAGUUUCGAGUCGAACACGUAAGUCUGCGAUUAAGUUGGUGAACUUAACGACACGGAACUCUUUACGUGAAAUUUACGAAUUAUCCUGUUAUUUGACAUAUGUCAGAUUUCUCAUUACCGAAUUAGUGAGUAAUUGACAGAUUCGGGAAAGGGAUGAACCGAAUGGAAAGCGGUAUCAAGUACUAACAAAUCACGUGAAAAUGCGGUGGUAGUGAUGCGUUUAAAAGGGAAAAACAACACAAAAUCGUUCCAUAGCGUCUAUAAGGUGCUUUCUCGUAUAUGUCGAACUGCAGAUAAAGGACAACUUGAUGGUUUCAUGGCGGAUGGUGCAGUGCCACCAAUGAAGAAUAGUCAUAAUUGUAACAAUAUGGGUUUUGCAACACAAGUGGUGAAACAGACAUCUGAUGUCUCAAAUAUUGUUUAUGCAGUGGGGCAGUAUGCUCCAAAGGUAUUGAGGAAUUUAAAUGCCCAAAGACUAAAAAAUCAAUUUAGUGAUGUGGGUUUGGUCGCUGGUGGUAGUAUCAUUAGAGCACAUAGGUCAGUUUUGGCUGCCGGAAGUGCAUAUUUCAAUGCUAUGUUUACUGGUGGUCUUGUGGAGGAACAACAGGAGUUAGUAGAAAUUCAUUCGGUGUCAGCCGAUAUUCUUUCCAUAUUGGUGGAUUUCAUUUAUACUGGGAAUGUUGAUGUUACCCAGGACAAUGUUCAAGAAUUAUUUGCAGCUGCUGACAUGUUAGAAUUAGAUGAAGUGGUAUCAGGUUGCAUUUCGUAUUUAGAACAACAGCUUCAUCCAUCAAAUGCUCUUGGGAUUUAUAGAUUUGCGGAAGCGCAUAACAGAUUAGAUCUUUUGGAGACUGCCCUACGCUUUAUACAAGUCAAUUUUCCUCAAGUAUCGCAGGAGGAAGAAUUUUUGGAUUUGCCGAAAGAAAAUCUUGUUCAUUUUCUCAGUAGCGAUUAUAUUCAUAUUGAUACUGAAUUCCAGGUCUUCCAAGCUGCAUAUAAUUGGAUUGUCCACAAUAUACCAACAAGAAGGUGUUAUGUAUUUGAAAUAUUAAGUCAUAUACGUUUGCGGCUGUGUUCAUUAGCAAGAUUGGAACGCGUUAUCUUGGAAUGCAAAGACGCGAGUCUCAUUGUGGCGUUAAGAUCUAUUCAAAAAGAUUUAGUGUCGAACAAAGGAUGUCUUGUGCCUCUUCAUGCACAGCCUAGACUUUGCGCUAAGAAAAACAUUUUAGUGAUCGGUGGUUCGCGACGGGAGCAUUCGGUGAAUAGUUGGGGCAGGGCUACUGAGAGUACUUACGAAACGAUUGAGAAAUACGAUAUAUUCACUGGAAAGUGGAGUGAAGUGGCACCAAUAGGUAUAGGACGAAUUCUACCGGGAGUGGCAUUACUGGAUGGUAAAGUGUAUGUUGUUGGCGGAGAACUGGAAUCAUGUAUUAUUGCUAACUGCGAAUGCUAUGAUCCACGCGAUAAUGUUUGGACUUCGAUUGCCUGUAUGGAAGAACCCAGAUGUGAAUUUGGACUCUGUGCCUUGGAUAAUAACUUAUAUGCAUUUGGUGGUUGGGUUGGCACUGACAUUGGCGGAUCAAUAGAAAUAUACGAUCCAAUAACUAACACUUGGACACUCGACGGACAACUUCCGGAACCUCGAUUUAGCAUGGGAGUAGUUGCUUUUGAAGGAUUAAUAUACAUAGUGGGUGGUUGCACACUCAAUCGCAGACAUAGGCAAGAUAUGAUGAGUUAUAAUCCAGUAACUAGAGAAUGGACUUAUUUGGCACCAAUGCUCACACCACGUUCACAAAUGGGGAUCACUAUAUUGGACGGAUAUAUUUAUGUUGUUGGUGGUACUAAUAAGAAUCAGGAAGUUUUAACAUCUGUUGAACGAUAUUCUUUCGAAAAGAAUAAAUGGAGUACCGUGGCACCCAUGAAUAUAGGCAGAUCAUAUCCGGCUGUUGCAGCAGCUGAUAGUCGAUUGUAUGUGAUAGGAGGUGAUCAAUCUCAGGAAAUCAAUUUUUAUCGAACACAGAUCACAAUAUCCACCGUGGAAUGUUAUGAUCCACAUUCAAAUAAAUGGCACGAGUGUGCUUCGUUGCCAACAAGCAGGGGUGAAGCAGCAGCAAUUGUUGCACCCUUUUGAUUGAAAUUUCAUUUCGAUAUUAACACAAUGUGUUGAACGGAUUUUAUAUCAAAUUAUACUCGUGUGCGUUUCUUUUCGCAUUCCAGAAUGAUACUCGAACGUCUGUUAUAUUUGCUUAGUCGUGAACACGAUAUGAAACAAGAAACA